GUGGUGAUGCCAAACAUUUGAAGGCUUCUUGGUUUAAAGAAUUGAAUAAUGAUCCAUACACUGAAGCUAGUUCUAGUUUUAUACCACUUAACAUUCUAAAAAAUACUUAUACUCCAGUUGCAGAUAUUAAAAAAUACUUGUCAAAGUGA